AUCCACUGGUUGCCCCCAAACGUCCUUAUAUAUUUUCUUGACUUUCUCAGUUCACGAUUAGAUUUGCCUGCGCCGCUGGAUACCUUCCCCUGACCAAAGCUCUAGCUUCUUACUCCACGACCACCAACCCAUGUUUGUUUCAUAAACAGAAUGCCAAGUUUCAUUAAACUCGAUACCCAUUACAAAGAGCGCUGAAAUUUCAAUUUUUCUGAUGUUGGUUUUCCAUGGAACCUCAACUGGCUUCGAUGCCCUCAUGCCAAAGAUAGAUUGCAUUUACUAUCACAACAAGUUCACAUUUACACCUUCCAGCGUCAUUUGUGUUCACAACCAAGCUGCACAGCCCCUUACUAGUUUCACCACACCUGAGAGACGUGUUGUUAAGAAGGUUGGGAAGGAGACACACCAUUUAUGGAAGAAAAGAGAUUCUGCUGGCUCUGGGCAAAAGGCUCUUAAUCUUGUUAGAAUUGUUUCCCAAUGUCCUAAUGAGAAAGAAGCUGUAUAUGGAGAAUUGAAUAAGUGGAUAGCUUGGGAGACAGAGUUUCCAUUGAUUGCAGCUGCUAAAGCUUUAAGAAUACUGAGGAAGAGAAGUCAAUGGAAGCGUGUCAUUCAAGUGGCUAAGUGGAUGUUAAGCAAGGGCCAAGGAGCCACAAUGGGAACAUACGACACCCUUCUACUGGCAUUUGAUAUGGACAAGAGGGUGGACGAAGCCGAAUCCUUAUGGAACAUGAUAUUGCAUACACAUACACGUUCCAUCUCUAAGCGAGUAUUUUCUAGGAUGAUCUCUUUGUACGAACAUCAUGACUUGCAAGAUAAGAUUAUUGAGAUAUUUGCAGACAUGGAAGAAUUGGGUGUAAAACCAGAUGAAGAUACCGUAAGAAGAGUCUGUUGUGCCUUUCAAAAACUAGGUCAAGAAGAUAACCGGAAAAUGGUCUAUAAAAGAUACAGCUGCCAAUGGAAAUACAUACACUUCAAGGGUGAGAGGGUUAGAGUGAGAAGAGAUGGAUGGGAUGAAGAUUAUCAAUGAUAGAUACAUUAACAUGAACAAGUUCAUAAGGUAUCUGUCUACUGAUCCCCAUUAAUUAUAUGCGCUUAAGCACACUGAAACAGAGAUUUGCAGUCUAUUUUGUCCCUUUGCUCUGAAUAUUUAGAACAACUACUAACAGAGAAAAUGUAAAGAUUGUAAGUUCUGAAGAAAAAUAGUGUAUAUGUUAACCAAAAGACGUCAUCUAUAACGUUUGCAGUAAGCUGUUCCAGAUUUUCUUUUAGGCUUGGAUUAUUUUCAUCGGGACAUACAAACAACCCCGUUUUUCUAAGCGGAUUAGAUUUU